UUUGCGGCAUGUUUGUAUUGUGAGCUGUAAUCUCUAUGGUCCCGGAAGUGAGGUCCUUCUAUCCCCGGCAGUAAAAUGGCGGCUGUUGAUUGCGAUAUGCCCAUGGAGCCGGAGCCACAAAUAUUGAGCGAAGAGGAGAUGGAGAGGGAAGCAGAAGGUUUCAAAGAGCAAGGGAAUGCGUUUUACAUCAAGAAGGAUUACUCGGAGGCAUUCAACUACUACACAAGGGCUAUAGACACCUGCCCAAAGAAUGCCAGUUACUACGGGAACCGGGCUGCCACCCUGAUGAUGCUGAGUCGAUACCGAGAGGCAUUGGAGGACUCCCAGCAGGCCGUUCGACUGGACGACUGCUUCAUGAAGGGUCAUCUGCGGGAGGGGAAGUGCCACUUGUCUCUGGGGAACUCCAGGGCUGCCAGCCGCUGCUUCCAGAAGGUUCUAGAGCUGGAACCCGUCAAUACCCAGGCGCAGAAGGAGGAUAGGAACGCAAAAGCUGUGCUGGAAUAUGAGAAGAUGGCGGAGUUUGGCUUUGAGAAGAGGGAUUUUAGAAAGGUGGUCUUCUGUAUGGACCGUGCCUUGGAGAUUGCCCCUGCCUGUCAUCGCUUCAAGAUCCUGAAAGCGGAGUGUCUGGCCCUGCUGGGCCGUUACCCAGAAGCUCAGUCUGUGGCCAGCGACAUCCUGCGGAUGGAAUCCACGAACGGCGACGCCCUGUAUGUCAGAGGCCUGUGCCUGUACUACGAGGACUGCAUUGACAAGGCCGUGCAGUUCUUUGUGCAGGCGCUGCGCAUGGCCCCCGACCACGAGAAGGCCCGCCUGGCCUGCAGAAAUGCCAAAGCCUUAAAAGCCAAGAAGGAGGAGGGGAACAAAGCCUUUAAGGAGGGCAACUACGACGAGGCCUACAAGCUGUACUCCGAGGCGCUGACAAUAGACCCCAACAACAUCAAAACCAACGCCAAGCUUUACUGCAACCGUGGGACGGUGGGCUCCAAGCUGAAGAAACUAGAACAGGCCAUCGAAGACUGCUCGAGUGCCGUGAAGCUGGACGAGACGUAUAUCAAAGCCUAUCUGCGGAGAGCGCAGUGCUACAUGGACACAGAGCAGUAUGAAGAAGCUGUGCGGGACUACGAGAAGGUCUAUCAGACAGAGAAAACAAAGGAACACAAACACCUCCUGAAGACUGCACAGUUGGAGCUGAAGAAGAGUAAACGGAAAGAUUACUACAGGGUGCUGGGGGUGGGCAAAAAUGCCACAGAAGAUGAAAUCAAGAAGGCGUACCGGAAACGGGCUCUAAUGCACCACCCAGAUCGACACAGCGCAGCCACCACCGAGGUGCAGAAGGAGGAGGAGAAGAAGUUCAAGGAGGUGGGAGAGGCCUUCACCGUACUGUCUGACCCCAAGAAGAAGUCCCGCUAUGACAGCGGCCAUGAUCUGGAAGACGAUGGCAUGAACGCAGGAGAUUUUGAUGCCAACAACAUCUUCAAGGCUUUCUUCGGAGGACCUGGAGGAUUCAGCUUUGAAACAAAUUCAUCAUCUGCACCAGGAAAUUUCUUUUUCCAGUUUGGCUAAAAUGGAGAUUCCCAGUGUGUAUGCAGUAGCCCCAUCAUGGACAUUAUUCACUCGCCUCCUGCCCUACAUCCAAUGUCCCUGACCUUUGUGUUCCUCAGUCUGGUGCCAUGAUGGAAUUGACCACAAAGAACUAAAAUUUCAAAUAAAAAUGUACCACUUUCUAUUUUAAUUUGACAUUGUCCAGAGAUCAUGGAUUAUCAUUUUGCGAUGCUGCCCUUUAUCAAUCCAAAACUGGACAGAAAACAUUGGAUUUCAAUUUCACCCGAGCAAAGUCGAUGGCAUGCUUUCUUUUUCUAAGAUGAAAAAAAAAAAAAAUGAAAAAAAAAAAAAAAUUACUUUUUGUAAGGAAUGGGAUGGUAAGCAUCAAACACACGUACCCAAAUGAAAGUUUUCCUAUCUGAAUAGUAUGGUGAUUCUCAACCUGACAGUGGAAUUAAAAUGCAAAUGGAAACUUGAAUUCUACAGACCCUGAGGCAAGACAUUUAUGCUCUCCAUAGUCAUGUGAAGCCCUGGCUGAGUUCGCUUUGUAACAGAAAUGUUUAAGCCCACAAAGGCAAAAACGGUAGUUGGUGGGGGACGGGUAGUGUGCGCGCAACUUGAAUCCCAUUGUAGCCUUGUUUUGUUGUUGAAGUACUCAAAGCAUAUCUUCAGGGUUUGACGAGCGUAGGCGUAGGCGCACCGAAAUGGCACGAGUAAACCCCAUGGAUGAAGGUGUUGUGAAUACAAGUCUUGUCGUCAUGUCUGUAGGAACAGAAUUUUCACACAUUGAGUUAAAAAAGAAAAGAAAAAAAAGUUAGACUCUCAUUGAUAUUUGAAUUUAUUGCGGCAUUGUACAUUUUACUGGAAUGUAAAGUGAUGUAUGUUCAUAGUUGAUUACGUUUUUCUUUCGUUUUUAUGUAUAUUUAUUGUAAAAUCACAAACUAUAGUCCACGGUCAAGGGGAGCGGGUGAUCUGCUCAACUGGAAUUUUAUUUUUUUGAGAAUUAAAAAAAAAUCGUAUACCAUUUGGAACCUCCUAUUGAAGUGCAACCAAUUUUUUUUUCAAUUCAAAUCCAAAAUAAAUUUGUGAAAAGAAGGUUCUUUUGUGCCCCCCGCUACAAAAAGUUGGCAAUUGCCCUGCAGUGCUGUUCCUCAAACAUUGUGGAUUGAUUAGCAUGAAUUUCAAGGUUAGCGCCUGCUUGUCUGUUCUUUCCUUCUUUUUUUUUUGCUUCAUUAAGAUUAGUAGUGAAGGCACCCUGUUCAUCAGUCAAGUCUUCACAGUUAAGUGGUGCCUUAAGGGAUGACUGCCCAAUGUCAGGCACAAAGAUUGCAGUGAACCCGCCUCCAGUAUAGGUACACAGAAAUGGUGUAAACCACACAAUUUAAUUUUUAAACUCUGCAGGAACAAAAAAUAUAAUGUGAAAAUAUGUGCAUAAAAGAUGACCUUUGCUUUGCGAGAAUGUUUAGUGUUCAAGGCCAGGACAUCAACUGUCAGAACAGACCACUUGCUCCUGCAUGGCUUCUGUCGUUUGGCUCUUCGUGCUCUUGUUUUUGUGGUAGGUCACACGACAGGGUCUUGAUGUGACUGACUUGUCUCCUAACUUUGGGAUCUACUCCAGUUGAGGUUGUCUCCUCCUUGUACCAGUGUUUGUCUUGCACCAAGGCAAUGGAAAAAUGUUUCAGUCUUGUAUGAUUCCUUUCCACUUGCAUUAUGUAGGUGGAAUGUAACAGUAUGUGAAGAGACAUUUUACGUUUUAAUGAGCUGAUGUACUUAUGAACCAUUUUUAUAAUUAGUAACUAUAGUAUAACUGUUGUAGUAUACUGGGAGCGCUGCCAUACUUUUUUGUUGUUUUGGUUAUAAAAAUUAAAGAAGCAUUUAAUCAA